AUGGCGGCGCCGUCAGGGUCGUGUCCUACCGGCCAGUGGAUGAGGACGUCGAGUCGUGCCAAUGAGAGCAGUGCCGCGGAUAAAGAGCCGUCGCAUUGCAAUGAGCCGUCGCAGGACGCCGGAAACCGCACCGGCGUCGCUGCUUCCCACAAACGACCGAGGGAGGAUGCGGUCGAGGCGAGCAGCAGCAAGGCCAAUCGGGAGAAGAUGCGCCGCGACCGACUCAACGACAGGUUCGUGGAGUUGGCGCGGUCUCUGGAGGGGAGCGGACAGGCGCGCGCGGACAGGGGGAGUAUUCUGGCGGACGCGGUGCGCGUGCUGGCGCAGCUGCGCGCGGAGACAGCGCAGCUGCGGGGCUCCGCGGAGCAGAUGAAGGAGCAGAUCCGCGAGCUCAAGGCGGAGAAGAGCGAGCUGAGGGAGGAGAAGGCUCGUCUGCAGGCCAACAAGCAGCAGCUGGAGGAGCAGGUCCGCCGCAUGGCUGCGUCCGGUGCCGCCCAAUCCACCGCCGCCACGUCAGCAGCAGCCCCAUCAGCAGCCGGCUCUGGUGCUGCCGGUGCUGUCCCCUUGAUGCUGCAUCCAGCCGGCGACACGUCAGCACCGUCCGACGAGUUCCGCGGCGCGGACGGGCGCGUGUACCACUCGCACGACGGGCUCGCCCCGCACUCGCACGAGCCGCUCGACAGCGCGGGGAGCUUCGCGCUGCGCGCGCCGCCCUUGCCGAACCGCGACUUGGCGGAGCGCGCGUUUACCGUUGGAAUCGGCGGGCCCGUCGGAUCAGGAGAGCAGCACAGCCUGGCAGCCGUCACCAACGACAUCUUCACAUCAACCACCCAUUCCGCCCCUAUGCUCCCCCAUUCCCCCGUCCACUCACAUGAAAACGGCCCUAAUGUUGGCCCUCUGCCGCACGCUGAGAGAGCAGCACAGCCUGGCAGCCGUCACCAACGACAUCUUCACAACCACUCAUAUUCCUCCCGUCCCGCACACCCAUUGUCCAAUCCACCACAGAAAUACUGCUCUCAUGCUGGCCCUGUGUCGCACGGUGAGAGAGCAGCACAGCCUGGUCUGGCAGCGGUUACCAACGACAUCUUCACGCAGGAGGACGGCGAGUUCCUCUCAUGCGCUCUGCUUCUCCCCUCCUUCCCUCCCGCAUGCACUCCACUCCACAAAGACUGCUCUCAUGCUGGCCCUGUGUCACACACUCAACGACCAGUACAGCCUGGUCUGGCAGCGGUUACCAACGACAUCUUCAUGCAAGAGGACGGCGAGUUCCCCUCAUGCGCUCCUCUGCUCCCCUCCUUCCCUCCCACGGCUAGCUCCCUCCUUUCCUCUGCACCUCCCUUCUUUGCUCUGCAUCUUCACACCGCCUCAUUCCCCCAUUCAACCCCAACCCAUCCAUCGUGUAGCAGAACGGCCCUCAUGCUGGCUCUGUGCCGCACACUAAGGGACAGCAAGACUGCUCUCAUGCUGGCUCUGUGCCGCACACUAAGGGACAGCAAGACUGCUCUCAUGCUGGCUCUGUGCCGCACACUAAGGGACAGCAAGACUGCUCUCAUGCUGGCUCUGUGCCGCACACUAAGGGACAGCAAGACUGCUCUCGUGCUGGCUCUGUGCCGCACACUAAGGGACAGCAAGACUGCUCUCGUGCUGGCUCUGUGCCGCACACUAAGGGACAGCAAGACUGCUCUCGUGCUGGCUCUGUGCCGCACACUAAGGGACAGCAAGACUGCUCUCAUGCUGGCUCUGUGCCGCACACUAAGGGACAGCAAGACUGCUCUCAUGCUGGCUCUGUGCCGCACACUAAGGGACAGCAAGACUGCUCUCGUGCUGGCUCUGUGCCGCACACUAAGGGACAGCAAGACUGCUCUCAUGCUGGCUCUGUGCCGCACACUAAGGGACAGCAAGACUGCUCUCGUGCUGGCUCUGUGCCGCACACUAAGGGACAGCAAGACUGCUCUCGUGCUGGCUCUGUGCCGCACACUAAGGGACAGCAAGACUGCUCUCAUGCUGGCUCUGUGCCGCACACUAAGGGACAGCAAGACUGCUCUCAUGCUGGCUCUGUGCCGCACACUAAGGGACAGCAAGACUGCUCUCGUGCUGGCUCUGUGCCGCACACUAAGGGACAGCAAGACUGCUCUCAUGCUGGCUCUGUGCCGCACACUAAGGGACAGCAAGACUGCUCUCGUGCUGGCUCUGUGCCGCACACUAAGGGACAGCAAGACUGCUCUCGUGCUGGCUCUGUGCCGCACACUAAGGGCGUAUCCAGCUGGAUACGCCCUAAGGGACAGCAAGACUGCUCUCGUGCUGGCUCUGUGCCGCACACUAAGGGACAGCAAGACUGCUCUCGUGCUGGCUCUGUGCCGCACACUAAGGGACAGCAAGACUGCUCUCAUGCUGGCUCUGUGCCGCACACUAAGGGACAGCAAGACUGCUCUCAUGCUGGCUCUGUGCCGCACACUAAGGGACAGCAAGACUGCUCUCGUGCUGGCUCUGUGCCGCACACUAAGGGACAGCAAGACUGCUCUCAUGCUGGCUCUGUGCCGCACACUAAGGGACAGCAAGACUGCUCUCGUGCUGGCUCUGUGCCGCACACUAAGGGACAGCAAGACUGCUCUCAUGCUGGCUCUCAAGACUGCUCUCAUGCUGGCUCUCUGCCGCACACUACGAGACAAGUACAGCCUGGCAGCGGUCACCAACGACAUCUUCACGCAGGAGGACGGCGAGUUCCUGAUCAAGCACGCCGCCCUCUCGCCGCCCGGCCGCAUCCGGGCGGUGGAGACGGGCGGCUGUCCGCACGCCGCCAUCCGGGAGGACAUCAGCAUCAACCUGGGGCCGCUGGAGGAGCUUUCCUCUGAGUUUAAGGCGGAUAUGCUGCUGUGCGAGUCAGGCGGAGACAACCUAGCGGCCAACUUCAGCCGAGAGCUAGCAGACUACAUCAUCUAUAUCAUCGAUGUGUCGGGCGGCGACAAAAUCCCCAGGAAGGGCGGCCCGGGAAUCACCCAGGCAGACCUGCUGGAAGGGCGGGCCAGGGAUCACCCAGGCAGACCUGCUGGUGAGGUGAGGUGGUUGUUGCAUGAUGCUGUGUCAUGGGAUUGCCCUGCUAGCCUGCCAUGGGAUUGCCCUGCUAGCCUGCCAUGGGAUUGCCCUGCUAGCCUGCCAUGGGAUUGCCCUGCUAGCCUGCCAUGGGAUUGCCCUGCUAGCCUGCCAUGGGAUUGCCCUGCUAGCCUGCCAUGGGAUUGCCCUGCUAGCCUGCCAUGGGAUUGCCCUGCUAGCCUGCCAUGGGAUUGCCCUGCUAGCCUGCCAUGGGAUUGCCCUGCUAGCCUGCCAUGGGAUUGCCCUGCUAGCCUGCCAUGGGAUUGCCCUGCUAGCCUGCCAUGGGAUUGCCCUGCUAGCCUGCCAUGGGAUUGCCCUGCUAGCCUGCCAUGGGAUUGCCCUGCUAGCCUGCCAUGGGAUUGCCCUGCUAGCCUGCCAUGGGAUUGCCCUGCUAGCCUGCCAUGGGAUUGCCCUGCUAGCCUGCCAGGUGCUAGCCUGCCAGGUGCUAGCCUGCCAGGGGUAGCAGACUACAUCAUCUACAUCAUUGACGUGCCGGGCGGCGAUACGAUCCCCAGGAAGGGCGGCCCUGGCAUCACCCAGGCAGACCUGCUGGUGAGAGAAAAGGGGGGGGUCCUCUCUGGUUCCUCCGCACCCCUCCUUUUCCUUGUCUCCCUUCCUCUUCAAACCCCCUUCUCCCCCGCCCUCUCCCCAUUUCCCCCCGUUUCCUUGUCUCCCUUCCUGCUCUGUGCUCUCUGCUGCGUGCAUUCUUCCAUGCUGACGUGGCAUCAUCAGGUGGUGAACAAGACUGACCUGGCGCCGGCGAUCGGUGCUGACCUGGCGGUCAUGGAAGCGGACGCGCUGCGCAUGCGGGAUGGGGGGCCCUUGGUGUUUGCACAGAGGGGCGCGUAUGUUGCCAGAGUGGUGGAUGCUGGUGGGAUGAUGGGAAGGCGGGUCGCUGGUGUUUGUGCAGGCGGAGCGGCGCGUAUGUUGCCAGAGCUGUGGAUGCUGGUGGGAUGCUGUGAUGGCGGCCCAUUGGUGUUUGUGCAGGUGGGUGAAUGGGGGAGAGGGGAAUGGAGGGACAGAGGGGCGCGUAUGUUGCCAGAGGGGCGCGUAUGUUGCCAGAGGGGCGCGUAUGUUGCCAGAGGGGCGCGUAUGUUGCCAGAGCUGUGGAUGCUGGGAAGGCGGGCCGCUGGUGUUCGUGCAGCCAUAUGUGCUCACAGCAUGGAGUGCCAGCCAUAUGUGCUCACAGUAUGGAGUGCCAGCCAUAUGUGCUCACAGUAUGGAGUGCGCUCUGCAUUGAUGCAUCGCAUGCCUCUUCCCGUGCGUGCACCUAUCCCAUCCCUCAAUGCAGGUGAAGCAUGGAGUGAACUUUUGAGGCGCCUCAAAACUCCUCCCGUGCGUGCACCUAUCCCAUCCCUCAAUGCAGGUGAAGCACGGAAUGGGGGUACCAGCUAUAGUGGACUAUGUGAUCACAGCAUGGGGUGCCGCUCUCACAGCAUGGGGUGCCGCUCUCAUUGCAUGCAUGAAAAUAUACCAUCCCCAUGCAUCCCUCCCAUUCAUCCGCCCAUCCUACUUUGCGGGCUCCCAUCCCUCCCCUCAAUGCAGGUAAAGCAUGGGGUGGGGGUACCAGCCAUAGAGGACCAUGUGCUCACAGUGAAGCACGGGGUGGGGGUACCAGCCAUAGUGGACCAUGUGCUCACAGCGUGGUGUGCCGCCACAAGCCAGCCCAGGAGGUGCUCACAGCGUGGUGUGCCAUCCUCGCAGGUGAAGCACGGGGUGGGGGUACCAGCCAUAGUGGACCAUGUGCUCACAGCGUGGUGUGCCGCCACAGGCCAGCCCAGGAGCCCAGAAGUUCAGAUGGCAGCAGCGUCGUCAGGGACUCUAAACGGCCUGUCGAAUGGCGGCGCCAGCCACGCCGCCAUUCGCGGCCCACGCUUCGGCACCUACAACCGACGUGGCACGUCUGUCUCCACCGCGUCGCGUGCGACACUGAUGAGAUUUCGAGCCGCUGGCGACACGUGGCAAUCGGCCACCGCGCGACAAUGCGGGUGGUCCAGCGGGGAGAUUGGGGGAGGAUGGGGAAACGGCGGGAUUGCCGGAGGAUUGCGCAGGCGCGCGGAACGGAAAGGGGGAGUAUCUGCAGCGGUAGGGGUUGCCGGUGGGGGGGGAGUGGUUGUUGUAGCGGCGGCGGGAGCGGAGCAGUCGCCUUAUGACGUGCUGGGAGUGGCUCGAGGCGCGUCUCAGAAGGAGAUUAAGUCCGCGUUCCGGCGGCUGGCCCUUAAGUACCACCCCGACGUGAAUAAAGCGCCCGACGCUCAGGAGCGUUUUGUGCGCAUAAAGCAGGCGUAUCAGACGCUCACAGACCCCGAUGCUGCUGCCAACGCCAAGGCGCGCGCAGCCUCGCAGCGGCAGCAGCAGCAGUGGGCGCGGAGCAGCAGCAGCACCAGGGCGAGGGGGGGUUAUGGUGCGCAGUGGGACGCGGAUUUCAGUGGCCCGUUUGACCCGUUUGAUGCGUGGAAAGGACUAAAGAACAAGCCAGAUGACUUCUACAGCCUUGGUGAGCAUAUGGCUUGGUUCAGGUCAGGAGGUCUAUGGGAGGGUAUGGGCAUUGGGAGGGUAUGGGGCAUUGGGAGGGUAUGGGGCAUUGGGAGGGUAUGGGGCAUUGGGAGGGUAUGGGGCAUUGGGAGGGUAUGGGGCAUUGGGAGGGUAUGGGGCAUUGGGAGGGUAUGGGGCGAGAGCGGGUCGGGAGCAGGUAUGGUGCGCGUGGAGGGGAAGGGAGGGGCGCAGUGGGAUGCUGAUUUCAGCGGUCCGUUUGAUCCGUUUGAAGCAUGGAAAGGGCCAAAGAACAAGCCACAUGAAAUUUACGGCAUCGGUUGGUUGCGGGGAGAGUGUGGGUCGCAGUGGGAUGGUGAUUUUGGGGCUGUCUCUGCUGCAUGGAAGGGACCUGCGAACAAGGCAGAUGCCUUUUACAGGUUCGGUGAGUGCAGUGGUGGGCGGGUGGGGUGGACGCGUGCCUGCCCCCUGCACAACGAUUUCUUCAAGGAUCUUCAGAAGGACUUUGAGGAGAAGCAGAAGGAGCGCGGCACCGGCAAGCCCAAGAGUCUGUGGGAGGAGCUGGCGGUGAGUGUUGCAGGGGAUGGUGGCUUGGGGGUUUUGGGAAUUGGGGCGGUGUGGGUUGGUUGGGAUUAG